ACUCUUCCACUGAAAUUCAACAUGAUGGGUUCUUGAAAGUGUGUCUGUUAGAGAGGAGGAGUUUGUUCAAGAGACUUAAAGGUAGAGAAACCCAGUCAAGCUUCAGACGAUCACUCUUCCUUCUACGUUAGGACAGUGAUGGAUUCUGCUGGUGUACUGGAACUUGCAGCACUUGGCCGACCCUUCACACUGGGAACACUGUACAACCACUACAAUGGCACAAUUGUUACUGACAUAUCACCAUGGGACAAAGAUGAUCUAACAAAACAUAUUCAGAUAAGACCACACAAACAUACUGAUUUGGACAUGGUUCUUUCUGAUUCUUUGGAGGAAAAAACGUCUGCACUAAGUCUUAAUUUAUCAAUAAAGGCAAGUAUCAUCUUUGGACUGUUUAAGUAUGAAGGAGCUGCGGCAUACCUUGAUGACAACAAAACUUCCAAAAGUCAGGCCAGAGUAACAAUAAACUACAAGGCAACUACCCACGUCAAAGAGUUGUCAAUGUAUCAUCUUAGAAAUUUAAGAUACCCGACUGUUAUCGAUAAAGGCUCGGCAACCCAUGUUGUCACAGGUAUUCUUUAUGGAGCCCAAGCCUUCUUCGUGUUCGACCGGGACGUUUCUGAAGGUGAAAACCAUCAAGAGGUUCAUGGAAACAUGACAAUGGUAGUCAAUAAAAUGUCUCAGAUGGCUGAGGAGAUGAAGGGGGAUGUAAAGACGGAUCCCAAAGUCCAAGAAGAGGAAAAUUACAAAUGUACAUUCCACGGAGACGUGUGCCCAGAUAAAAAACCUACCAACUUUCAGGAGGCCAUAGACACCUAUAAAUCUCUCCCAGAACUACUUAGAGAUGGAGAAAAGGCUGUACCAAUAAAAGUCUUCAUGCUGCCACUCACGAGCUUUAGUAGCAAAGCUUCUCAACUGGUCCGGCAGAUUAGUGUAGGGUUAGUUCAGGAAGUACAAAGGGUCCUAGAGGACUUCACUGAGCUUGAAAUGAGGUGCAAUGAUGUACUUGGAACAGCAAUUGUGAAACAGUUUCCAGAUAUCUCAAGUAAAAUUAAAACAUUGAAAUCUUUUUACUCCUGUUUAAAGUCUGAAUUAAAAGAGGAUUUGGAAAAGAAACUCUCAGUCAGAGCAAAGGAGGCUCAACUUGCAGAGAUCCUGAAAAAGAAACGCUCUUCUUUCAGGAACAGUAGCCUGUGGAUGGACUGUAAGGAAAAAGAAGUCAAUACUAUAAAGUCAAUCACAGAGAAAAUGAAAAAUACCAACAUAAUCCCCUCUCUCAACAGCGACCACGAGACAGGCGCAGAUGAAGUUUAUUGCUUUGUCUUCACCUCUCUGGGAAGAGAUGAACCAUUUCUUUCAGCUUUAUCAGCCUACCUGAAAGGAACCAAGGAAGAUAAUCUAAAUCAGGAUCUUCAUGAUGUAGAAAAGGAACAAUGGUACGCCUCAAAGGAAAAACUGAUGGACAUCAGGAAAAAAGCAAAAGCCUUCAGUGAUUUUGCAGAGGACAACAAGGACAACCAGAAGAUGAAGUUCCUAGUAGUGGGCUUAACAGAUGAUAAACAUGAAGGUUCGACCAUCUACCUUUAUAAAAAUGGCGCAAUUGUCAAUAAGAAUUAUGAGCUUCCCUCAAAGCCUGAAACUCCGAAGCUCUAAUUACACACCAGUGUGUCAUCAGUGUGACCUUCAGAAGCUCAUAGUUCUGAAGGUCAUCUCCUGCUCUGUGGAGGUCUGUGUCUGUGAAAAAGAUGAAUGGAAUUAGAAGAUUGAGCCAAAAGAUGAAAAAGUCACAAUAAGAGACCUGAGGCCAAACACAGAAAACGUGUUCAGAUGCUACUUACCACUACCACUACUUACCACAGUAAGUAGUGGUCUGGCCCAUGAAGUCAAUGAUUCCAUCACAACUUUCCCCUUCUGCCCUCUUGAAGAACUUCAAGUUUGACGAGGUAGAUCAGAUAGGUGGAUAAGAUCGGCUUCACAUGUAAGUGUUGGCCAGUCAUCAAUCUCCCAAAAUUAAGGAAAUCGGCACUGAUAAAUCGGCCGGCCAAUAAAUUGGUGCGCUCCUACUUUAUUCCUAAGACUCAGUGAAGCUUGGUCUGUCUCAGAGCUAAAACAGACCCCUCCUCCUGUGGCUAUCAAGCUGAGCUGUAAAGAAAUGGUAAGAGUUCAGAUUUAAUAUUUGUUUCUAAAUACUAUUUUGGGGUACGCCUACUUGGUUGCACAAUAACUGUAUUUUGUGUGUAAGAUAUACGGGUAGCAUGAAACUGCUGUUUCAAUAAACAACUUGCUAAAAUUUCUUUGUGCAGACUAAUGAUGUGCAGAAUGGCCUUGGUUAUGUUUCUGUUUUGAUGUUUUUAUUGUGAAAUUGUUGGCUGCGGUGUGUUUUAUUUAGUGUGAUGAGCACACAACACUUUUAAGAUUUAAGAUAAUGGGGGAAAAAAAAAACAUUUGUCUUUUAAUUUGUAUCGAUUUGCAUUAUCUAUCACAGGAAUACAUGUGCCCUUUGGCAUGUAUUGAUGUAUUUAGUUAUUUUUAUUAUAAUUUGUGUUCCUGUCUCCAGUCCAGGGUGUUUGUUGUCGUUUUGUUGUUUUCUUUAAGCGCCACACUCUUCAGUUUGUCAUAACUACACUGGCUCUGCAUGCGUUUGUUGUGUUUUUUUAAAAUAAAAGUGCUAACAUUAUAAAAAC